UCUACGCUACGCAGCGAAACUUCACAAUUUAGGAACAAUUUCCUAAAUUACCACCGGAAGGGGUAGAUUAUCCUGUUGUGUGGUGAUUAUUUUGCGAGCGAAAGUACCACUGCACAGUCCGGAAAAGGCCAGUGCUAGGGUCUACCCUAGGAAAAACGGGUUAGAUGUAUUUCUUCAUCUGAAGAGGCAAUACCGCCCGUGAUGCUAAUCAGUGAAGUAACGCUGAACUUGAGAACUGUGGUCUACCAUCCAUCUCUUGUCAGUUGUUGAGUUCGUGGGGCCACCAACAAGAGAAGAGUAAUUCGGGCAUCUCUAGAUUCAGACGUUUCUCUGGAAAACUAGUUUCCCUCGGGAUGUAACCCGCUGCGAGCCAUACAUCAGAUGCUGCUGUGGACUGACGGUUAUGGUUCGGGAGUUCUUGGCGAAAACUGAAAUCGGGAGAGCAGGAUUGUCUUGAACUAGUUAGCUAGCAUAUCUAGCUGCUAGCAAGCUAACUUUAGCGGAACUGCAGAAGACAACCAGGAUAACACAGACUGUCUCACUCACCUGCGGUUCGUGUCAGGACUAAGUCCUUGGCCAAUGCAAGGAGGAAUAUAGAUCUCCAGUAGCCUCAGUGUUCCCCUGGAGUCAUUGACCUGAUAGUUUACCAGCCAGAGAAAGGCCCCAAUGGGAUACAAUGCAGAUGUAAAAUGGUUUGGGCCCCAGGAGUGUGCCCAUGGGUUGGUGAUGUGUGUGGAGCCUGGCUGGGUCGACAGGGAGGACCCAGAGAAACUCGGACACAGACACGUCAUGGAGCUCUGAAGAGGACAAGGGGGUCCCAGGCUGGAAUGACUAGCAUCGCACUACAGUCUUUUUUGUUGACGCAAUUGCACUGGAGCAAGGACGCAGAAUAACUUACGUUUGUUUUUUUAUUUUUUAUUUUAUUUUUCAUUUUAUUGUUUUAUAGUAAUUUUUUUUAAAGAAGAUAUAUUUUUUGGUCAUUUUGCCAAACUUUUUUUUGUUGGUGUAUACACAUGCAUCUAUACAUGAAUGCACCACAUCAAUCCAAGCAUUGACUAACAGCAAAACUCAAGUCAGCAUACCUUUGUGAUGUCUUUGGUGAAUAUCAUUUGAGAGACUAAUAUUUAAUUUUUGUACUCACAUCAAACUAAGUAUCAAUUGAAGCCAUGCGGAAAUCUAUUUGAAUGAAGUGGCAGCUAUUUUUUUAUUGCCACAUCAUUUGUGCAUAUUUUUUUAUCUUUGAAUAGUUGUCUAACAUUGUAUAUCUCCUGCUAACUUGCAGAUGCACACAUUCUGACCUACUCUAAUAGUGCCACACCCUCACUUUCCUGGACACAUACCACACGGAUUUGAAGUCUCUCCCCUUGUUUACCCCAAACACUUAAUCCUUCUGUCUGUCCUCUCCAAAGUGUUUCCUUCACCCCUCCUUUGUCCUCUGUGUUACCUUGAUUUUCACCAUGGCAACACUCCCUACUCUCAUACCAGAAGGGCAUAGUUUCUUGUCUUGUUGACCCUCUCGUCCACACAUACAUAUCCUUCCCCUUUAUCCCUUUUCUCUCUCUCUCUCUCUCUCUCUCUCUCUCUCUACCUCUCACUCUCUCUCCAUGCCGGCUGGUCUGAGCAUGGGUGGGGCUUUAGGAGCCCCCUCCUCCCCUUCCCGCCCAUUUCGCCCUAGUCGCUAUGUCCCUGUGUCCGCGGCGACCGUCUUCUUGGUGGGCUCGACGACACUCUUCCUGUGUUUCACGUGUCCUUGGUUGUCCGAGGUGUACUCCUCGAUCAUCCCUCUCUACAAUGCACUUCUUUUCCUCUUCACCUUGUCCAACUUCUGCAUGGCCACAUUCAUGGACCCUGGCAUCUUCCCCAGAGCGGAGGAGGAUGAGGAUAAGGAGGAUGACUUCCGGGCACCACUGUACAAGACGGUGGAGGUGCGGGGGAUUCAGGUGCGCAUGAAGUGGUGCUCCACCUGCCGCUUCUACAGGCCCCCUCGCUGCUCACACUGCUCCGUCUGUGACAACUGCGUCGAGGAUUUUGACCACCACUGCCCCUGGGUCAACAACUGCAUCGGGAGGCGGAACUACCGCCACUUCUUCCUGUUCCUGCUGUCACUCACGGUCCACAUCAUGGGCGUGUUUGGCUUCAGCCUCGUGUACAUCCUCCACCACACGGAUAAGCUGGACACGCCACAGGCUGCUGUCACUAUAGGAUGCAUGUGUGUGGCCGGCCUAUUCUUCAUCCCAGUUGCUGGGCUGACUGGCUUCCAUAUUGUCCUGGUGGCAAGAGGACGAACCACCAACGAGCAGGUGACGGGGAAGUUUAAGGGUGGAGUGAACCCAUUCACCAAGGGCUGCAUGAGGAAUAUAUCCCACGUGCUGUGCAGCUCCCAAGCUCCCAGGUAUCUGGGUCGCUUGCGGAAGUCUGUUUCUCUCGAAAUACAGCCGCCAUUUUUGCGACCACCUCCUCAAGAUGAGACGGAUAAGGCGCUUGACAAUGGCAUUCAACAGUCUAAAAGCAGUCUGGAGCUGAUGGAGAGCCAGUCCACGGACGCAGAGCCCCCGCCUCCCCCACCCCCUGACCUGCGCUACGCAGGGCUCUCACAAACACACACCGAGGAGAGCAGCUUGCUUCACGAAGCCCCACCCACCCCUUCUUUGAACAAGUACAGGCCGGCGAGGAGCAGCCCUGGAAGGAACCACACUGCCAUAGCGCACUCGACCAAGAUGACUCGCGGAGACAGCUGUGUCUCCGACCCCAGUCUCUCUGGCGGCGCAGGCCCGGGGGGGCUGGGCGGGGCUUCCACUCUGGGCGGGCGCUCCUACCCCUCCUUCACCGACACGCUGCUCCAUUCGGCGGCGGGCUCCCGCUCGUCGAGCCUGCGCUCGGCGUACACGGCGCACAACGCCCUGGGCCCGCUGCUCUCGGAGGGCACCACCACCUCCACCAGCUACAAGAGCCUGGCCAAUCAGACGCGCAACGGCAGCCUGUCCUACGACAGCCUGCUCACGCCGUCCGAGAGCCCCGAGUUCGAGUCGGCCGCCCCCGAGCUCUCCCCUCCCAGGCCGCACCCGCCGCCCGGCGGCCCGCUGAGCCCCGGCCCGGCCGGCGAGGAGCCCCCGCCCAUACUGGGAUACUCCUCCCCCUUCCUGUCCGCUCAGCAGCGGGAAGGCUCUCUCCAGGCCUGCCCCGCCCGCCUCAGCUACUCCUCCCACCGCGCUUUGUUCCGCCCCACCAGCCCGCCCCCGGUCCAAGCCCUCGCCCUGCCCCACUCUCCUCGUGCUCGCUCCCUGGGCUCUCCUCCGCCAGGCUCCGCCCUCCCGUCCGUGCUGGGCAAAUCACUGUCCUACACGGGCGGAGCCACGGUCCAGCGCCGCCCUCCUAAAGCUGGGGGAGGGACCCAGGUGGCAAAGUGAGUAGCGGCCAACAAGCUCAGCCUUUCUCUUCCACUCCAACUCUUCCUCUCUCCCCUCUCUCUAGCUCUGUCACUCACAGUGUCUGCCUUCUUCUAUGACUCUUUUUUCUAAUAACUCCAUCAUUAACUUUCAUUACUUAAUUUGGAUCGUGGCAAUAAAACACAGACCCACAGCCAUAGUUUUGUAUUUUUUCCCAUCUGGCCGUGACGUGCCGUUUGAGCCAGAGCACCCCCUCCUCCUCCAUCUCCAGUCUGGUCAGGUACGGCCAGUGGUGGUCAAACCAUCUGCACUAGCGCUUCAGUUUUGUGGGGCUUCUGUUAUUUGACUUCCUCCUCCUAUUUUUUUUUACCAUUCUUUAUUUCCACAGCAUGCAUUGGCUGUGCUUGUGUGUGUGUCCUUGUAUGUCAGUGAAUGUGUGUGUGAGUGUGUUUGUCGCUGGAGUGAGUGCCCUCGCAGGGAGGGAAUGGAUGUGCAUAGAGGCGUGUCUGUGUGUACCAUUAGGGGCAUCAGUGUUGUCGCUGUGACUACGGGAGGUGCAAUGUCUUUGUUUGUGGUAACCCUCAAACCCGUCUGUCUCUCACCCACCCAACCAGCUCCACCACUCGACCCAGCCUGGCCAAUCCCAGCACUCUCUCAUCGUUUAACCCCGCCCCUAAAACAGGGGAUGAAGUGAAGAAGGUGACUGGCAUUGGGGGCACAACCUAUGAGAUAUCAGUGUAGCGCCAAGGGCCAUGUCACAUCACAUGAUUGAACUCCCACCCUGCCCCUGACGUCCUUCUGUUGAAGAAGGAAGGCUGGCAAACUUGCACUGGCACAGUUGAUCAAAGACUCCUGCCCUACUGGCGUUGGAGGCGAACUCAACACUCAUUCAAAAAGAGAAAGGACUUUUUUUUUACACAGCCAGUGAAUGAUUCAAUUUCAGUGGGGUAUAUGCAUACAUAUGAAAUGAAAUCUAUAUCUAUGUAAAGAUCAUUGGGUCCAUAUAUGGGAUGAGGAGUACGAUGUCGACCAAAGUGAAGCAUGACGCUCUGGGGAUGAGCACAUGGAUUUGUGGCCAGUGAUCAGCUGAGGACCAGGCUCACAGGACCCUUGAUUGAUGGAGGUCUACUCAUUUGAAUUCUGUUUUUGCUUAUUUUUUUCUUUCCUUAGAUUUUCAUGUUUUAUUGUAUGUUUUUUUGUCUUCAAAUGUUAUUUUAUACAAAUAUCUAUCUAAAAGAGUUAUUACUGUGUGUGGCAACUGAAUCAGGAAAGAAGAUAAGAAAUGGUUAAAAAGAGUGCAAUUGUUGUAGGAUAGGUCGUCUUUUCAUAAUUUGAUUGAUGGCUGUAUCAGCCUGUCGUACACCCUGUUUGAGAUCUCAGCCAAAGAGAUAGGUGUGAUCAGGGAUCUUGAUUUUGACGGACAGCACAUGCAGCCAAUGGGGCUGAUAUUAUCCAUGGCUCAACAGCACAAAAAAAGGAUUUAAUGGAAUGUAUCUGAAUGUUUGUCAUGGAGAUUUUAUGCAAAAUGUCUGUCCGGAAGAAUGUGUAAAAACAUUUGCGCCUUUGUCUUAACUGCAAGAUUAAGAACAAUUGUGUUGCUCUCAAAGAACUCGGCACUAUAUGGGUGAGGUGAAAUUGUACACUGUUCACAGUUAUGUUUGCCCUGAAGUUAAACGUUCUAACAUGUCUUAUUCAUAUUCAUAAUGCCUGUAUAUAACACUAGAUUUUGGGUUAAAUGGUUUGUUUUUUA